CAAGCCCCUUUGCCUUUCUUUUUACUUGCGUGUUGCUUUCUACCAUCGGCCAGAUUUCACCACCGCCAUCGCUUUGCAGUUGAUCUCGGUACAGGUGUAGCAUAUUCUGCACUGUUGCUGAAUUAAUACAACAGCACCAUAACUAUCAAGACAACUGGCGCUCAUCGCUGCUGCCACUCCGAUCUUCUGCGACUGCCGAGAGCCAUGCAUCACGAGACUUGAUCGCCACCAGACAUUACCAGUGCCGCAGCUCCCGACUGAAGCUGAAGCGGCUUCAUCUUUCUGAUAACUCGGCUCGCCUGUGCACAUAUCGACACGCUAGUACAAAAUAUUACAAAAUGACGAGACGCAUCGUUCGCACGUUAAUACAGCUUUCUGCUGCCCUUGUAUUCGGUAUCAUUGUCGUGCUAUUCCUCGAUCGAAAUUACCGAGUCCUGCCCGUCGCCAUUCAUAAUCACCUCCCUUCUCACCACCCUGGGUCUGUCAUCGUUGACGUAGAAGUCGCGAAAUGCUCGAAAAUCAACUUUUUGUCGAAUUGCGAAUUAGAGGGCGACGGCUGGACCAGGCUAGACAAGGAGCUUUAUCUUGGAUUGGCCUGGAGCGAGUCCUACAUGUAUAUCAAGCGAAAGCAUGAAGAAGACCUCACAUCAGAGGACAAGGUCGUGAUAGAUAUCAAGAUCGGACGCCUCGACGCAAACGUGCAAGCUCCCACGCCGAAAGGGACCUGGGAACCAAGAUCACAUGGCAUCUGGCUGCUGCGAUCUGACAAGAAAAUUUCAAGCGACUCCGGCGAUGCCAUUACGGCCAUUGAUGUCCUCUUUGGCGAUGACGCAGUCGAAGUCCGUGAUAACUGGGAAAUCCGAGCCAUGCCUCUAAUAAUGUCACGGACCAAGAAGCAACAUAGCGUCCACGUUACUGUUCGCCGAGGGAUGCCCGCGGAGCAUAAAGUCCCAAAACUCAAAAUUCCAAAGGGCGGAAAGUUCAAAAUCUUGCAGGUCGCUGAUCUACAUCUUAGCACUGGUGUCGGUGCAUGCCGUGAGCCGGUGCCCGCAAAGCUUAAUGGGGUUGAUUGUCAAGCUGAUCCUAGAACGCUUGAUUUUGUCAAUCAGAUGAUUUUGGAUGAAAAGCCUGAUUUCGUUGUUCUUAGCGGAGAUCAGGUCAACGGCGAGAGCUCACCCGACACGCAAUCGGCUAUGUUCAAGAUCAUUGCCUUGCUAAAGGAACACAAGCUGCCCUGGGCUGCCAUUUUUGGAAACCAUGAUGACUCGCCGCAGGGCCUAAGCCGUGAAGCGCAGAUGGAAAUCAUGGAGACGUUACCUUACUCCAUGGCAACCGCCGGACCAGCAGAUGUCGAUGGCGUUGGAAACUAUGUCAUUGAAGUAGGAGCAGAAAGCGGCGCGGACCACUCUGCCAUCACCAUGUACUUCCUCGACACGCAUGCCUACUCCCCAGAUGAGAGGCACUACCCAGGCUACGGAUGGAUCAAGCCUAGCCAGAUCGAGUGGUUCAAGAAGACAGCCCAAGGCCUAAAGAAGAAGCACCAAGAGUACAGCCUCACCCAUCUCGACAUUUCGUUUAUCCACAUCCCCCUUACUGAAUACACCAACUGGACCACCGGCCCCUGGGUUGGUCAGUGGCGCGAAGGUGUAACAGCGCCGAAAUACAACUCUGGAUUCCGCGAUGCUCUUGUCGAACAAGGCGUCGUGAUGGUUAGCGCUGGCCAUGACCACGCCAACGACUAUUGCCUCCUCUCACCCGAGGGCGAAGGCGACAAGCGCGUGCCUGCCCUCUGGAUGUGUUAUGCUGGUGGCGUUGGCCUCGGUGGCUACGGAGGCUACAAGGACUAUGUUCGCCGCGUGCGUGUCUUUGAAAUCAACCCUUCGUUGGGAAGCAUUGUUACAUGGAAGCGCAUGGAGUAUGGCGAAAAGGGCAGAAUCGACGAGCAUAUGAUGGUCCAAGGCGGCCGAGCCUUGCCGCCUCCCGCACCACCACCAACUGCCGAGCCUACCAAGGCAGUGCCUCCUCCUCCACCACCACCUUAAAUUCACAUCGUACACAGUAUUCUAUCGAUUUACUUAUACGGAUUAUUAAAAAAUAUUCGGAAAAUAAAAAUAUUGGGCGAACCUCGGACGGGCGUUUGGGAGAGCUUACAAGACUGGGCCCUAGCGUACGCGUUAAUUGGCAGCGUUUAUUCGGAUGCUUUGAUGUUUAUAUAUAGGAGUUUUGCAUACAUGCUUGGUUAACAAAAAUAUUACGACUCGUAUCAUCAUGACUAUCUACGUUGUACCGCUUUGAGAGACUCGUGAAGAAAACAAACUGACUUUGUGGUAUAUGAUAUAUAAGCAAUGUCGAAUCUAGGAUAGGCUGGCUCGCUCGUGAAACUAAAACUAAAAGAAAGAGUGGUCAUAUCUCGUAAUAAACAAAAGUAGCUACCUUAGUAGUCAUUAGGAUAUCGUAUUGCGUCUUUUGGAGCCCUCCACAAUGUCCCACAUGCUUUCAAUCUUCUCAAAGCGAUGCAGCGCAAACAGCUCCUCUGAAUCAUACAGCUGGUACAACUCCCGACCAACCUUGACGAGUUGCUCGUACUGGUAAAUACCCUUUGCUUUGCGCAUAUUGUUCAGGACCUCAAGGUAGCGCUUCUCUGACUCCAUGAGCGCGCGACGACGGGCAGUUUCGCGCAUCACACCGUCCGCAGGUGUGUGGGUGCGACGGGCACUAUUUUGUGCGUGGAAUUCGGCGGCGUUAAGGGAACUCGUCAUUGGUGUAUUGUUCCCUAGGACUUGUGCAUGGUGGUAGAGGCAGCGGGCAAAGUUGUGCGCUGUGAGGGUGUAGUGCGGAUGUAAGGGGCCGAGGGUAUCCUGCAUAAUAGCGAGUGCUGCGGUGAACUUUUGGCGCGCGUCGCCGUAACGACCAAGAACAUCUUCUAUGGUGGCAACGUUUUGCAUGGCAAAUGCUGUGCGAGGGUGAUCAGGGCCGAGGCAGCGUGUCUUGAUCUCUACGGAGAGCUUGUACAGAGUCUCAGCCUCGUUGGUGGCAAAGAGAGCUUUGGAGAUGUUCGCUAGAGCAUCCAAGGAGCCAAGUGUCAUUGGAUGCGACUGGCCAAACGUCUUCUGGUAUGACAGGUAGACUCUUCGAUACAGAGUCUGCGCAUCCUCAAGCCUCUGUAGCCGCUCGAGCGUCGCAGCGAGCAUCUGCACAGUGCCUACCGUCUCAGCAUGGGCUGCGCCGAGAACCUGUUCUUGCUCGUGCUCCAGAUUCUCAAACUGAUCUUCGGCACGGUCGAGAUGUCCACAAGAAGCGUUCGCUGAUGCCUUGGCACGGGAAACCUGGAAACCUAGUGCUUGGUCGAUAGAUGCGAUGUCGAUCGAUGUUAAAACCUCGAGACUGCGCUCUCCGUUGCCUUCUUGCUCAAGCAAGCGUGCCAGUGAUAUCGAGGUUUGGAUUCGCUCGACUGUAGUCAUGGUUGAUGAAUUUUGGCGCAGAGCGAGCUCAAAACAGCCAAUUGCUUGUUUCAGUGCACCUUGAAUCAUACACACAUUUCCCAGAACAUGCCAGGCCACUUCAUCUGGUGGAUUUUCAAGUACACCAGCCCAGUCAUCGUAACAAGUCCUGGCAUGAGGAAGCAUAACCCUACCAAAGCUGUGGAUUUCCGGAAGACUCGAGGCGUCGAGAUUGUUGUCACGGAUUCCAUUGACGCAGAGAUUACAAGCAAGCCAAGAAUGCUGUACAGUUUCGUCUAUGGACAUUGUAUCCCUGAUGUGUUCUCGAGUAUCCUUAUCCACGAAAAAGUAAUCCACAGUCGUAGCAGAGCGGGUUGUGACAAUGGAUCUUGGAGACGAAGGGGGAGUUGAGUCUGGAGAUGGUGCUAUUUGGAUGAAAUUGCUGUUUAGCAAAUGCUGGAUGACAUCGUCUAGGCCGCUUUGGUUUUGGUACUGUCGCAUUUGCUGUAUUAAUUCGCUGAUUUCUGUGGUAGCGUGGUCUGCUUCCCAAGGUACUGCGAAGAGAGACGCAGGUAUAGCAGCCAAGGACAGCAUGGAGCUGACCUUUAAAAAGGUACGUGUAACUGGCGAUUGGUCGAUGGUAGAGCCAAAUAGCGUUGGUGUAUUCUUGGCCUCAAUGCCAGCGAGAUAGUCGACGACUGUGAUGUUUCUACUGCGAAUAGUAGACGCUGCUGUAGAUAUUAAUAGUGGAUUGUAGCCGAGUUGCUUAACGAGAGCCCUAGCGGCUUCGUCUGUCGCGCUGUUAGAGUUGCAUCAGGUUGUAUGCAUACAAACAUUGGCUUACCUUGCUGCAAGCUAUUAGCAGUGAAUUGGCCAGCAUCGAGCCUCAACAACUCUACAGACUCGUCUUCAGACAUUGGGCCAACGGUAAUGUUUGUGCCCAUAAGACACGUCUCUCUAUCAAUUGUUGUCAUGAUAAUCUUGCCAUGCAGAGAGAGUGGGAUAAAUGGCAUGAUAUCAUAUGACGGCACAACAUGAUCAAAAACAACGAGCCAUUUGUCGUUGCCACUCUGAACCAUCCAAUCGUUGACGCCACGGACAACAGACAUGAUACGUGUUCUGUCCAGAUCCAUUGGAUUCUUCAUCUUGAGCAUAUCUUGGAUCCCUGUAAGACCAAGUUCCUCUUCGACUCUGUUGCGUGGGAUGUUCUUAGCAUAGUGGCUGGCGAUGUCGUCGGCGAACUGGAGAUAGCUGGUGGCAACUGUCUCCCAAGAUUCGGAACGGAUCCAGAAUACAAAGGACAGCUCCUUGUUCGUCUUCGCAAAGUGCUUCGCCAUGGCUGUCUUGCCGCUUCCAUGGACUCCCGUUAGCACAGCAAUGCGCAAAGUAGGAUCGCCUUCAUCUGCAUUGCAGACAAGCCCGAUUUGUCGGAGAAUCUCGCUGCGCAGAACAGUGCUGUGGGGAUCCUCUGGAAGCUCGUAUUGCAGUGAGAAUCCAUAUUUGCGGUACUCUUCUCGGUUUG